AUGCAACGCCAGCUGCCCAUUUACCGCUGCAAGGAGGAGCUGCUUCGCUGCAUCGGCGAGAACCCUGUAUCGAUCGUCAUUGGUGAGACAGGCAGCGGGAAGACGACGCAGCUUGUACAGUACCUGCACCAACGCGGGUACGCCAGGAAUGGCGGGAUUAUCGGCUGCACGCAGCCCAGGCGUCUGGCCGCCAUUGGGGUGGCGCGCCGCGUGAGUGCGGAGAUGGGCUGCGCCUUGGGCACACGCGUUGGGUACGCCAUCCACCUUGACGACAACACGACCGACGAGACGGAAGUGAAGUUCAUGACCGACGGGGUGCUGCUCCGCGAGGUGGUACGCGACCCCGACGUCGGCAGGUACAGCGUCAUUGUCCUCGACGAGGCGCAUGAGCGGUCGGUCAACACGGACGUCCUGCUCGGCGUGUUGCAGGCCGCCGUACGUCGCCGCUCCGACCUCAAGCUCGUCGUCACCUCCGCCACGAUGGACAUCCUGAAGUUCUCCAGGUUUUUCGGGAACGCCCCCUUCUACGAGAUCCCUGGCCAGACCUACGAGGUCGACGUCCAGUACGCCGCGGCCCCGGUCGAGGACUACGUGGCCGAGGCGGUCUUCCGCGUCUGUCAGCUGCACGUACAAAUGCCGCUGGAGGGAAAACACGAUAUUCUCGUCUUUAUGACCGGCCGCGAUGACGUGCUUGGGGCGUGUGAAUUAAUCCGACGGCGCCUGAGCGAGGUUGACCCGAAGUGGCUCGAGACACUGUUAGUGCUGCCGUGCCUCUCGGAAGCGGUGAGCGCAACGGCGAGUGGCGUCCUUGACGCCGCCCCGCCUGGAAUGCGCAAGUGCGUCGUCGCCACCAACGUGGCCGAGACCUCACUGACCAUCGACGGCGUCCGCUACGUUGUCGACUCUGGGUUUAUGAAGACGAACGUGUUUCGGCCGAAGCUCGGGAUGAACACGCUCCAGCGCUACCCUAUCUCGCAGGCGCAGGCGAAUCAACGCAAGGGUCGUGCCGGGCGAACAACGGAGGGGUUGUGCUUUCGCCUAUACACAGAGGCCCAGUUUGCGCAGGAGAUGCUCCCCAGCAGUGUGCCGGAGAUACAGCGCAGCAGCAUUGAUAGUGUGGUGUUGCUGCUAAAGAGCAUUGGCGUCGCGCGUCUGGUGGACUUUGACUUUAUGGACCCUCCACCGGCAGCAAACAUCUGCCGCAGCAUGUGGCAGUUGUGGGUACUGGGGCUUCUCGACGACAGUGGCGCAAUCACGGCUGGGGGACGACAGGCCUUGGAGUUUCCGCUGGCGCCGACGCUCGCGAAGGUGCUGGUGGAGAGCGCAGGAAAAGACUGCGGCGUUGAGGCGGUACGAGUUGUGGCGAUGAUCUCGGCGGACCCAAAGGAGCUCUUCGAGUUACCGAAGGACCGGGAGGAAGUGGCGCGCCAGCACCACGGCCGCUUCUACGUCAAUGAAUCGGACCACCUGACACUGCUCAACGUCCUCACGCACUUCGUCGAAAACGGCAACUCGCGUCAGUGGGCGAAGGACCACUUUCUGCACCUCCCCACACUUCUGCGUGCCUGUGAGACGCAGCGGCAACUGCUAGAGCGAAUGCGGCAGCUGAAGCUUCCCGUCGUGUCGUGUGGUCCCAAGGGGCUGGACCGUGUGCGGCAGUGUAUAGCAAGUGGAUUCUGCCUGCAGUCCGCGCAGCGUUCCAGCACCAACUGGAGCGAGUACCGCCCGCUACUUAACUCCGGCGUUGUGUGUAGCGUUCAUCCCUCCUCGGCGGUGUACGUGCGGGCCGAGAUGCCAGUUUACGUUGUCUACCACGACCUGCUCCUCACCACGCGCGAGUACCUCGUGGUGGUGACGGCCGUUGAGCGUGACUGGCUUAUUCAGGCCUCACGUGGGGUAUUCUGCAGCAAAAGCCUAAUGAGGGACACACACAAACCAUCGACGACGCCCGUCACACCCAGCCUGCCGCACGCAGCGGUCCCCGCAGGCGGCGGAGCCACACAAGCGGGAAAGUUGGGGCCGUCGCCCCCGGGCUGUGUGCGCCCGAAGGGGACGCUGCUUCCUUCGAAACGACGGCGUAACAUAUAA